AUGUUGCAGCUACUUAGGCAAAAUCAGUUAUUUGCUAAAAGAUCAAAGUGUGAUUUUACUCAAAGUAAAAUUGAGUAUUUGGGGCAUGUAAUAUCGGGACAAGGUGUUGGAACUGACCCAACCAAGGUGUCAGCUAUGAUGCAAUGUCCUGUUCCUAAAAGUCAACUAAGGGGUUUCCUUGGACUUACGGGAUACUACAGGAAAUUUGUGCAGAACUACAACAUAAUCAGUAAACCGUUGGCUUCACUACUAAAGAGGGGGGCCUUUGAGUGGAAUUCAGAAGCUACUAGAGCAUUUCUUGAGCUCAAAACAGCCAUGACUAGUGCACCCUUGCUUGCACUACCUAAUUUUAAUAAGACCUUUAUUGUUGAAGUGGAUGCUUGUGGCACUGGUGUUGGAGCUAUUCUCAUGCAAGAUGGGCAUCCCUUGGCCUACAUAAGUGAACCACUUAGCAUGAAACAUCAAGGCCUUUCCACUUAUGAAAAGAAGCUUAUUGCACUAUUAAUGGCAGUGGAUAAGUAG